UUUAAAAAUAAUCGUGGGUAGUUUUGAUUUAAAAUGAUCUUAAAAAGUGGAGCGAUUUAAAACUAUAAAAUUUCAUAUUUUCAGGCGCUUAAUCAGAAAAAAAAAACCAGUCUUCACUAUUACCAUUAAUCUCGCAUACAAAUUAGGAAACUAACCCCUCCCUCUCCUUCUCCUUCAACAUAUCCACAGACCCAUCUCAUCAUCCACCCAGGAUCGAUCGAUGGAAGCAAUGAGAGGCCAAGGUGGCAUUCAAAUGCUGCUCACCGCCGAGCAGGAGGCUCAGCAGAUCGUGUCCACCGCGAGAAACAAGAAAAUGUCGAGGUUGAAGAAAGCAAAGGAAGAGGCAGAGAGGGAGGUCAUCGCGUAUCGGGCUUCAUUGGAGAGUGAAUAUCAGAAGAACAUUUCCCAUAGCACUGGGAGCUCAGGGAGCAAUGCGAAGAGGCUCGACGAGGAGACUGAGGUGAAGAUCAAUAACUUGAAGAAUGCGACUGAGAGCAUUCGUUCCGAUGUCGUAGGCAUGCUCAUGAAGCACAUUACCACCGUGAGAAAUUGAUGAAGAUUCACACGAUGAGAAUUUUCGGGGGAAGGUAUAACGGGGCUCGAUUUUCUGGAGCGUGCUAUCCUAAUUGCUUGUUAUUCAUCUCAUCGGAGUGAUCUGUAAUAAAGAAGAAAAGAAACAUGGAUGUUUACCGUGUUAAUUUUUUUUUGUUGAGUUCAUAAGAACAUUGUUUUUCGAUUACUCCCGAGUACUUUCAGGUAAUGCUUCAAUGGUUACCUUAUUUUCUUUUUUAGCUUUUUUUUUCAGCUUAGCAUGUUUAUCUGGAUAUUCUUCAAUAAACUGAUUCCUGAUGAAA